AUGGCUCCGAAGGGACCCCACCCCAUGCUGCUGCUGGCCCUGGUGCUGCUGGCUGGCUGGCUGGCCCAGCUCGGCCAAGGAGCCAGCUACCCACAGUUCCUGAGGCAGCACGUCGACAACCCCAAGACCAGGGCCCGGAAUGACCGGUCCUACUGCAACAUGAUGAUGCAGCGCCGGGGCAUGGCCAGACCCUGCAAACACACCAACACCUUUGUCCAUGCCCCCGCCAGCCAGCUCCAAGACGUCUGCGGCCGGGCAGGCCGGCGGGCCGGCGGCAACCUGCACGACAGCAACAACCGCUACCGCAUCACCACCUGCCGGCUGGCUGGGGGGUCGACCCGCCCGCCCUGCAACUACCGGGGGCACAGCAGCACCCGCCGGAUCCGCGUGGCGUGCGUCGGGGGCCUGCCUGUGCACUAUGACAGGACCCUCUAG